UACCGAUUCACUGCGUGAUACCAACAACCAUUCAAAGUUUCAAACGCUACUAUCACCUCCGGACAUCUCGUAUAUUUUUCUUCAUUGCUGAGGUUGUUUCUCGUUGCAGACACAAAAUCCUUGGCGAUGGCGGACUUAUUGUCAUCACAUUGGGAGCCUUGUUCUAGCUGUUCCUGUUCCAACCACAGGUUGCCAUCGUAUCACUUCCCCACAGAAAAUAUAUCUCCGCCAUAUCUCGAGCGACUAGCGCUCUGCAACGAUCCACCAUCGCCGACUGAAACAGACGAACUGAAACUAGCAGUACUAUCGUACGAACAGCAGAUUCAAAAUCUGACAGCCGAUGAGGAAAAGCUGCAGAAAAUGCUUGCGAAGAUGCAAGACUCCGUCGAGGAGAAAGCUGGUAUCUUGCUUCGGGAGAAGGAACGAGCCUUAGCUGCCAUCAAUAGGAGAAAACACGUGCUCAGCCCCGUACGACGCCUUCCAGUGGAAAUAUUAUUUUAUAUAUUCCUUCGUACGAUCGAAUUUCCCAUUCGUCGCACGCAAGACCUUUAUACCGAUCUCGAACAUCCCCCCGAUAAUCCUAUGUUCUCCAUCGCAUGUGUUUCGAAGCAGUGGAAGAUGGUGGCCAUGUCUUCUCCUAAGCUGUGGUCGUACGUCAAUAUCGUCCUCACAGACGAAAACUUCGAAGACCAAUCUUAUGCGCGGCGCCUGGGUGAACAGUGCAGUUAUUCACGAAACCACCCUUUAUUCGUCUGCAUUGCAGACGACAGUGUAAACAACUUUCCGGACCAGCUCGCUGGAAUUCUUUUCACCAUUUCUCGUGAUAUCCAAGAACUGCAUCUAUUCCUCCGUUCAUCUACAUUCAUUGAAUUCGACCAGCUACGAUUAUCGUUGCCAUCGUUGGAAAGACUUUCUCUUGUUGCCCUCGACACCGACUUAUUCGAUGAUGAAGAGAAGCUACAGUUCUUCCCUACAUCUUCGAAGCUCCGAACCCUAGAGAUCGUUGACAUCAAUGAGCCCAGCGGCUAUUUUGUUGUUCCUUGGAACCAGAUCAAUACCUACAAAAGCAGUCAUAGCCACAUGGACAGUGAUUUUAAUUGGGGGCCUACCUCAUAUCAACAUCUGAAAGUUCUCAGAGAACUUACGCAGCUGGAAAAAUGCACUUUACGUUGUGAGGAUAAUAUCGCUGAGGUUGAAUUUGGCGAUGAAGUCUUUCCUCUUACGUGCGCCAACCUACGGUCAAUGAAGAUUUCCUCCUCUGCACGAGUCUCAGAAAGUAGCUCUGACACGGCACUCAAGCAGAUCCUCGUCCGACUUAUCUUACCUGCACUCACCUCGCUGAAAGUUGACUGCCUUUCAUGCGAAGGUACGGGAACUUUCACCGCUGUUCGAGAGCUCAUCAUCAAAUCUCACUGUCCUAUUACCGUCCUCCAUUUCGAUCACGGUUUCAUUUUGGAAGAGGAUUUCCUUCAUAUCCUUCGCCAAACUCCUACCUUGGAAGACGUGCGGCUUACUCAUGUUGACGUUUCGUUUGACAAAACCUUCACUGAAUUGACCCCGAAGCUCGACGGAGCAACGAUUCUUGUUCCUCAUCUGCAGACACUUCACCUCGGCGGAAACGUCGUAUCAGAUAUGGAAGUCUUCGUUAAUAUGGUAGCUGCACGAUGGAAUAUCGCACCUCUACAUGUUCCCUCUGGCCAGCGCUUGAUGGAGGUCAGUCUAUGCCGACUUCUCCCGACAGAUGAGCCAAGCGAUGAGGUAAAUAUGGCGACAGCUCUUUCCACAUUGGACGUGUACAUGACUCAGGGACUGAGAUUCACCUUUAGUACUGAGUAUAUGCUAAACGUAGGAGAACAGUAAGCCAGUAUGGACAAUUUUUUGUAUCACGAAUCAGAUCAGGAAUCUGGACGUGCAGUAUUAUUUGAGGAACGUCAUAAGUAGUAAAUGUAUUAUCUUACUGUAGUCGCCAUUAGUUCAGCCGAUGUGAUGGCCAAAGCCUUGAAGGCAACGCGUUGUUGACACGCUUAUUUCAAGGGCGUGGCACGUGGCGUUCCAAACAACAGCUUCUUAUUCACUUCCACCAUCCACUGGCAUUUACGAAGCGGUUAAACCAAGUCCAUAGA